UGUAGCUUCAGUUGCUCACUGACAAGUGCCCAGCGCAAAGCUCUACGCGCAUUGUGAACAUAAACAUAUCCAAGUGGAAAGAAAAUCAAUUGCACAAUCAAUUGCAAAACCAUUAAAACUAUAAAUUAUUCAUUUAAUACCCAACUAAAUACACAUAUAAUCCAAAUCAAUAUGUACGCGGAAAAAGUUUUUAUCGCUCUCGCGCUCAUCGCCUGCCUCGCCUGCAUUGCCGAAGCGGCUGUCUACAUCCAGCCCGCGUUCCUUCAUCCUGCUCAUCCCGGCAAAUGCUACGAUCGGCUGACCAGACGCGCAAUGCUGCCCGACAAGGAGUACAAGCCGAAGGGCAUCUGUGCCGCCAUGACGUGCGACAUUGAGGCGCGUCAGAUCAAUAUCGAGACCUGUCCCUACAUCGAGAUGCCCGGCUGCGAGGAGCUGCCCAGCGACCUCAACUGGAGCUUCCCCAAAUGCUGUCCGCAGUUCAAGUGCGUCGACUUUAAGACCGGCAAGGAAUUCAUUGUCUCCGUUUAACUGCAACAACAACAAAAACAACAACAACAA